AUGGUUUCAAUUAUGACCGAUCAAACAAGAAAAACUAUUCAAUCAAUAUUUACAAAAAAAAAUUAUCAUGAACAAACGGAUCAAUCAAUUGAUCUGCCAAUUCUUUUCAAUACUCUUAUACUUUCAAUAAUUAUAUCGACAGCAUUUGAUUCAGAUUUUGAAGCAGAUGUUAAUGUUAAAUAUGUUAUGAGUCAAGUAUUUGCUGACGUAUUUGAUGCUAUUCUAUAUCGUUCAAUGUAUAUGAUCAAUUUAUUACCACUUCUCCCAAAAUUACCGUUUUGGAAAAAGAAGGUUAUUGAUAAUGGAACUCGAAUGAUAACUGACUAUCUUCUUCAUCGUCGAAAUGAUUUAUGGUCUCGAUCAGAAGAGUUUGACUAUACACGUUGGAUGCGUGAUCCUAAAACAGGUUUGAAACCAAAACUACCUUAUCCAUUUGCUUAUUUACCAUUUGCGAUUGGUCCAUGA